AUGGGCGAAUCGACGAAAUCUACUGUGGGCGAAUCGACGGAAUCUGCUACGCUCCGACUAUUGCGAACGAAGAAAAAUAUUGCAAGUAUCAAGCCUGAGAAGAAUCGCACUGAUGGUCUAUUUACAGUGAGGAUUCACUUUAAUGGGUUUCUCACGAAUCCACCAAGGCGGCAGUACAAAGGUGGAGAAGUGUCUGCCAUUUACAAAUGUGAUCCAGACUACUGGUCCAAAAUAGAAGUGGACGAUUUUGCUGUGACGAAGUUGGGUCUUGUUGCUGCGAAAUUAAGUUACUACUACCUACAACCUGGGAAGGGCAUGGAUGAUGGGUUGUUUCUUUUAUUUUGUAACGACUCUAUGAAUAAAAUGGCGGCACUUGGUUUGAAAGAAACUUUAGUGUAUCUGUUUGUUGUUCAUAGUGAUGCAGGUGAGGAUGCUGUCCUUGAAAUUCCUAUCAGUCAGCUUACACAAGAACAAAUAUCAACAACACCUCAGAAGAUGGAAUCUACUCAUAAGAAUAGUCUCUCACCUAGGAUACCUGCAAGGAUGAAGGUGGCAGCUGUUAAGUUUUCAAAAAUAAAAGAUCUUGUGAUUCUAGAAAGGGAAAUGUUGAAGAGAGGAGCUAUAAAUCCACGAUCGAAGGCGAAAGAAAAGGUGAGAAGUAAUAUUUUUUCGUUGGUUGAUGUAGAUGAUAGUGAUGAACCUCCAGAGAUAGAAAUUUUGAAAAUAAUUCCAAGAUGUGGUGUAGAUCAUAUAAUUGGUUACAGUGAUUUGGAUGAACCAACUGAUGGUGAAGGUGGGGAAGUAAAUGUCGACAAUGGUGAUCAAGCACAGCCUUGUGAGAAAUCAGGUGCUAGGGCAGAACAUGUUGAAGUUGAUGAAGGCAAUGCCACUAUUGGUGAUGAUGCACAACAUUGUGACAAGGAUGGUCAGUUAGCUUAUGACACAGUGAACAAAUCUGGAAUAAAGGAGAAGACUAAAGCCAAUGGUGUCAAUCAAGAUGAAGAAUACAGAACGGAAAAAGCAAAGGGAAAGAGAAAAGUUGACAGUAGAGAUGGAGAUGGCAACCCGGGAGGUGUUGAGGAAACGAAAGAAGUGGAGGCAAAUGGAAGUAAAGAAAUGCCUGAUAGUGACUAUGAGCUUGAUGAUGAUGUAAUGGAAGAGAUUAUGAAGGAUAGAAUGCAUGAAUGGUCCAAGAUAUUGGGAAAUUUAGAGGAAAAAAUUCAUGGACAGCCUAAUGAAGGAGAAAGUGAUGGUAGUGGAGAAGAAUCUAACGAUGGAUAUGAGAGUGAGGAGUUUGGAAGUGAUGAUGCAAGAUCUGAAACAGAUGGUGGUGCUCGGGCUGCAAGACCAAAGUUCAGAAGAGUUUUGCUUCCGGCGAGAUCCAAACCUUUUUACACCUUGCUUGAAUGUGUGAGGAUGUUACUUUCAGAUAAAUACCAGAAGAAAAGAGAAAUGAUAUCGCGUCUUAAUGAUCGUUUUGGCCCAAAGGAAAAGCCAUUCCCGUUUUAUGAUGGAGGUGAUUUCAGAAUUUUCAAUCAUGAGGACUUUGAAACUGUUUCAGAUGCAGAUUUAGAUGAGAUGGCCAAGCAGAUUGGGAUUGCCAGAUUUGUCACUUUCUACUCUAUAAGUGACCAGAAUGGCGUUGAGGCGAUUGUCGGUGAUAGGAGAGUUUCCAUUCUCCGCUCUGAUGCUCUAGUUGAUGACUCUAGAUUAAUCGUCCUUUAUGCCUUGAAUAAAGCGGAUGAAUACUGGUUUGCUCGGAACAAUAAUUCUAUGAUUAAUGAUGAUGAGAUCGAUGGUGACGUAGAUCUCAGUUGCUAUUGUGAUGAAUGUUGGCUAGCUAAGCACUCUAGGCUUGAUCCAAACGUCGAAUUAGUUGAUGAUGAAGAGGAUGAUGUUUUUUCUUGUGAUGAAUUAGAUUGUGAAAUUUGUAAGGCCAAUUUUCUCUAUGGUACUAGUGAUGCCAAGUGA